GCUGCUGCAGCUGCUGAGAUGCGGCAGUAAGAGAACAGAUCUGGGACAGACAGACCGACUGACACCGGCAGGACUUCACCUACUGACACCUGAGACUCACCUGGACAGAAAUGGAGGACGAGAUCUCUGCUCUGGUUGUUGACAACGGCUCCGGUAUGUGCAAGGCCGGGUUUGCCGGGGACGAUGCGCCUCGUGCCGUUUUUCCCUCAAUCGUUGGGCGACCCAGACACCAGGGUGUGAUGGUGGGAAUGGGCCAGAAGGACAGCUACGUGGGAGACGAGGCCCAGAGCAAGAGGGGCAUCCUGACCCUGAAGUACCCCAUUGAGCACGGCAUCGUCACCAACUGGGACGACAUGGAGAAGAUCUGGCAUCACACCUUCUACAAUGAGCUCCGUGUCGCUCCAGAGGAACAUCCGGUCCUGCUGACUGAAGCUCCUCUCAACCCCAAAGCCAACAGGGAGAAGAUGACCCAGAUCAUGUUUGAGACCUUCAACACUCCUGCCAUGUAUGUGGCCAUCCAGGCUGUCCUGUCGCUGUACGCCUCCGGUCGUACCACAGGUAUUGUGAUGGACUCUGGUGAUGGUGUCAGCCAUACUGUCCCAAUCUAUGAAGGCUACGCUCUUCCUCACGCCAUCCUGCGUCUGGAUCUGGCUGGCAGAGACCUGACAGACUACCUGAUGAAGAUCCUCACAGAGAGAGGCUACAGCUUCACCACCACUGCUGAGCGUGAGAUCGUGCGCGACAUCAAGGAGAAGCUCUGCUAUGUGGCUCUGGACUUUGAGCAGGAAAUGCAUACGGCAGCUUCCUCUUCUUCCCUGGAGAAAAGCUACGAGCUUCCUGACGGCCAAGUCAUCACCAUCGGCAACGAGCGUUUCCGCUGCCCAGAGGCGCUCUUCCAGCCGUCGUUCCUCGGAAUGGAGUCUGCUGGUGUUCAUGAAACCACUUACAACAGCAUCAUGAAGUGCGACGUGGACAUCCGUAAGGAUCUGUACGCCAACACGGUUCUGUCCGGCGGUACCACCAUGUACCCUGGAAUCGCUGACCGCAUGCAGAAGGAGAUCACUGGCCUGGCCCCGCCCACCAUGAAGAUCAAGAUCAUCGCUCCACCAGAGAGGAAGUACUCGGUCUGGAUCGGCGGCUCCAUCCUGGCUUCGCUCUCCACCUUCCAGCAGAUGUGGAUCAGCAAGCAGGAGUACGAUGAGUCCGGUCCAGCCAUCGUCCACAGAAAGUGUUUCUAGACGUCCCGGCGGUCCGUCUGCUUUUCUACUGCUGCGUCCAGCCAGAAGGUCGUCUGGUUCCUCUUGUGUAAACGGACUCAAACAUCCCAAACAAGACCAACAGCAAUGGUUUCAGUUCAGCCUGACAUGAACUCGGGACAGAAACUUCAGUAACUUCAAAUCGUGACCCAGUUUGUUCAGAGAUUCACCACCUGGAUGAUCAACUGUGACUGAAUACAUGAAAACAGCCACUGAAACUUUCCAAAGUAUUAAAUCAUUGUAAAAUUCAUGAUCUGAAAUAAAAUGUUUACACCUGGUA